CCACACCCCACUGGUGAGAACUAGUCACAUGGCCACAUCACGCCUCAAGGAAGCCUGGGAGAUGCAGUCCUAGGUGGGCUGACACUUUUCAGCCACACUGUUGUUAUGGAAGGGCAGAACGGAUUUUGGUGGACAGCAAACCAUUUCUGCCUUACAUGAAAUCGUGGUGAGACCGCUUCAGCCAUUCCAGUCACAGACACUCUUGAGUCCAGUAGUAAAUAUGCAGGAGAUUCUGAGGCUUUAACAAAUUCCAUCAGUUUCUUCCAGGUAUGGAUAAGUUGGGGGCUGUCAUCUCCUUAGGCCAGUAUGUGUACAACCAAUGUGAAACGAUGCAGCACUGCAAGGGACAGUGCCAGCGCCUAAAGAACCGGAUCCAAGGCCUGCUGCAGCCUCUGCAAGAGCUCCAGGACCGAGACAGGAACCUGCCCGACGUGAUCACCACUGCCCUGAACAAAUUCCAGGCUGUCCUAGAGACAGCUAAGAAGCAGAUAGAUAAUUUUAGCAGUAAACCCAAUGUCCUUAAGUUUGUAACUGCAAGGAAGGACAAAGUACUCUUUAAAGACAUAAACAAAGAGUUGAGUGAUGUCCACGAGGAGCUCUCACUGGGGCUUCAGGUGCAUCAGUUGGGGCCUACUCUAAGCAUCAGCCAAGGAGCGAGCUGGGAGCAGGAAGAUAAGCAGGAUGCAGAGGAAGACUGGCGAGUCCUCCAAAACCUAAGUGGAACUGAACGUAUUGAAGCUUCAAUGAAAAAAUUGGAAAUCGACGUGGAUAAAAUUUUUGAGAAUAAAAAGAAAGAAUUGAUGGAGAGCAUUAGGCAUUACUUACAGAAAUGCGUAGGGAAGAUCCCAGAAUAUCAAACCAAGGAGAUUAAGAAGGAAGAGAUUUCAGAACUCGAUGAGAUCCCGCUAAGGGAAAAUGAAUCCAGCAAAGUUUUUAAAGGAAAAUACUACCAAUCUUCAGUGGCCAUAAAAGUAUUCAAAAACGUCCAGGCCAGAGACAUUGGAGCAGUGAGGGACACUUUCAAUAAUGAGAUCAGAACCAUGCAGAAGUUUGAUUCUCCUAACAUCCUGCGUAUAUUUGGGAUUUGCAUUGAUGAAACAGUGACCCCACCUCAAUUUUCCAUUGUCAUGGAGUACUGUGAGCUUGGGACCCUGAGGGAGCUGCUGGACCAGGAAAAGGAUCUUGGUUUUGCUAAGCGCAUCGUCCUGAUUGUGGGAGCAGCCAGAGGCUUAUACAGGCUGCACCAUUCAAAAACCCCACAACUCCACAGAAGCAUCAACAGCACGAACUUCCUGGUGACCAGCAGCUACCAAGUGAAGCUUUCAGGAUUUGAGUUGAGCAAAACUAAGACUUCCAUCAGCAGAGCAACUAAGAGAAAAGAAGCAGAAAGAAUCAAUUCUUCAGCAUAUGUCUCGCCUGAAAUGCUGGAAAAUGUGUAUAGUAAAUAUGACAUAAAAGCUGAAAUAUACAGCUUUGGAAUUGUCCUCUGGGAAAUUGUCACUGGGAAGAUCCCGUUUGAAGGCUGUGACUCUGAGAAGAUCUACCAGCUGGUGGCUGUGGGCCAGAACCAGGAGCCACUGGGUGAAGAGUGCCCUUCGGAGUUGCAGAAGAUCAUUGAUGAUUGUCGGGCAUAUGAGCCCUCCAGGCGUCCCUGCGUUAGUGAAAUCUUAGAGAAACUGUCUAACUUUUAUAAAACUGAGGAUUGAAACGGAAACUAAGGAGUCCCUGAACAAGAAGCUGGAAGAGGUGCAAGCUGGGCAUCCUUCUCCCCCCUACCCACUGGCAUGAGUUAUCUAUGGGUACGGGGAGGUGGCACUUCUCUGUCACAAAUAGAAAACAGUUCCAGCCAUGCAGAGCAUAUCCCCCUUCGAA